AUGCAAAAGGUUUCUUCUUAAUAAGCUAUUGAUACUAACAUUCAAGCUAAAAAAUGGUGGGAAAGAGAAGCUGAAGUACAGCAAGAUCAUGAGAAGGGGAAGAAUAAAUGGAAAGCUCUUGAACAUCACGGAGUUACCUUCUUCCCAGCUUAUUAACCUCAUGGAGGCAAACCAAUGGAUCUAACUCCAGAGCAAGAGGAAAUUUGCAAUUGGUGGGCAUAGAUAGUGGAUUAAGAUUUUUCUAAAAAGCCAUUAGUCAGGAAAAACUUUGAGAAAUCUUUUAUAGAGUUAUUUGAUCAAUAUCUCUCAGAUUACAAAGAAAUCAGGAAAAAUAGAUCAACAUAAGAAAAAAAGAAGGAAAUAGAAGAGAAGCAAAAGCAAGACUUAAUUUAUAAAUACUGCCUAAUUGAUGGGGAGCUUGAGAAAAUAUCAAAUAUUAUUGUAGAACCACCAGGCAUAUUUAGAGGAAGAGGAGAACAUCCAUUAGCUGGGAAACUCAAAUCUAGAAUCAUGCCAGAACAUGUGACAGUAAAUGUAGGUCCGGAGGAUCCAAUUCCUGCUUGCCCACUUGGCGGGCAUUCUUGGAAAAGAAUUAUAUCAAACCCAGAAGCUACAUGGCUAUGUCAUUUCAAGGAUGAGAGACUAGAAAAGAGUAAUAAUGGAAAGUAUGUUCAGCUUGCAGCUGAUUCAAGAAUCAAAGGAGAGAAUGAUAGAAAGAAGUAUGAAAAAGCCAGAAGACUGAAGAAAAAUAUUGAUUCAAUCAAGCGAAAUUACUAGGAGAAAAUGAGGUCUCAAGAUGUAGUUGAUCAGUAAUUAGGAGUCUGCACAUAUCUCAUUGAUAAACUAGCUCUGAGAGUAGGAAAUGAGAAAGGUGAAGAUGAGGCAGAUACAGUUGGCUGCUGCUCUUUGAAAGUAAAGAAUAUUCAAAUAGAAGAAAAUAAUCAAAUUACUUUGGAUUUCUUGGGAAAAGAUUCAAUCAGAUAUUUAAAUACAGUGGAAGUAGAAGCUAAGGUGCAUUAAAAUUUGAAAUCAUUUGUUUAAGGAAAGAACCCUGACGAUGAACUAUUUGACAGAAUUAAUGCUUCCAAGUUGAAUGAUUAUCUUAAGGAGAUGAUGGAUGACUUAAGUGCUAAAGUAUUUCGUACUUACAAUGCAUCAGUCACACUAUAAAACCAAUUUUAGGAAAAAGAUAACAAGAUAUCAGAAAUUGAUACUAUUGAAAAGAAAGUCCAAUUUUAUGAAGAGUGCAAUAGAGAGGUAGCCCGUUUAUGCAACCAUUAAAAAGAAGCCAACAAAAACCAUGAUGAACAAUUGUUGAAAAUGAAGCAAGUAUAGACUGAGAAGCAAGAGAAGGUGACUUAACUUGAAUAAGAAUUAGCAAAAUUGAAGAAAGGUAAAAGCUCUAAUGAUCCUAAGCUUCCAAAGACUGUUGAUCUAUGCCUAACUGCACUUGAGAAAGCAAGAGCUCAGCUAGAACUACAAGAAAUGAGGGUUAAAAAGAAGGAUGAAAAUAAGAAUCUGGCACUAGGUACUUCAAAGAUUAACUAUAUGGAUCCAAGAAUUUCAAUUAGUUGGUGUAAGCAAAAAGAAGUUCCAAUUGAGAAAAUAUUCCAACCAACUUUAAUGAACAAGUUUACUUGGGCUAUGAAUAUUGAGCCUGAUUACGAAUUCUGA